CGUACACUAGCUCUGCGAGUACGUCAAGAGCAAACCCCCACGAAGUCUAAAAAUCUGUAAAACACGCUGUUCAACAUUUCAUGACUGAUAACUACGGGGGUUGCCAAUUUAGUUAUGUGAAAAUAAACUCCAUACCAAAACGUAGUUUUUCAGCGUGGUAAAUGUUCCCUUUCCGAUAAAAAUUGUAACCCAACAAUGUACUCACCCAAAGGAUUAACUAGAACCGAUUAUAUCAGUUUAAAUAUCAAUGACACUGCUGCCUUUGCUCGAGGUACUUCCCAGAGUCUCUGGAGGAGAUGGAAUCAAUUGUCUAGGUUUCAGAGAAACCUAGUUUAUUUUUCAGUAAUCACAAUAUGUUUAAUCAUUCUAUAUUUCAUACCAAACGAUGCAAAGAGUUCAAUUAUAGAUAAAGAGACUAACCACGAUCAACUACAGAAUAUUGAAAAACAUGACAAGCUCAUUGAGGAAUUAGUGGUUGAUAAUGGAGAUCAAGGUGGUGGUGCAGGUGGUGGGGAGGUGAUAGAAGAGCCAGAAUUUCAACCUGAAGUAAACCAAAUUGAUGAUGAUCAAAUAGGUCCUCCGCAGCCAAAACCAAAUGCAAUGAAGUUCAAUGGUCCGCAAAAUGAAAGGCAACGAGCGGUGGUUGGUGCUUUCCUCCAUUCAUGGAAAGGCUACAAACAGUAUGCAUGGGGUCAUGAUAAUCUUAAGCCAAUAUCAGCUGGCCAUCAUGAAUGGUUUGGUCUUGGUCUCACAAUUAUUGAUGGACUUGAUACAGCAUAUCUCAUGGGUCUCAACGCAGAAUUCGCAGAAGGAAAGAAGUGGGUGGAAGAAAGUUUAACAUUUGGUCCUAGCAAGGAUGUGAAUUUAUUCGAAACUACCAUCAGAGUUUUAGGAGGACUACUGAGUGCCUAUCAUAUGUCAGGGGAAAAGAUUUUCUUCGAAAAAGCGCUUGAUUUGGGCGACCGAUUAAUGCCUGCAUUCUCAACGAGGUCUGGUGUCCCUUACUCGGACGUGAAUAUCGGCACUAGAACUGCUCACAGUCCGAAAUGGGGCCCUGACAGUAGCACCAGCGAAGUAACUACCAUUCAAUUAGAAUUUCGUGAUCUUGGUCGGAUCUCACAACAGCCUAAAUUCGAGCAAGCAGUGGCCAGGGUUUCGGAACAUGUGCAUCACCUGGAAAAAUACGAUGGACUCGUUCCGAUCUUCAUAAACGCCAACACUGGAGCAUUCAGAGAAUUCUCGACCAUUUCUUUCGGGGCACGUGGUGACAGUUAUUACGAAUACCUACUGAAACAAUGGCUGCAAACCGGAAAAACGAUGGACUUUUUGCGAGAAGACUACAUUACAGGGAUAUGGGGUGCAGAAAAACACCUUGUUCAGUACACGGCUGCUAACAAGUAUCUAUUUCUUGCCGAAUUAACCGGCUCGCAAAAAGACAUUAAACCAAAAAUGGAUCAUCUCACGUGCUUCUUGGGUGGCACAUUGGCUCUGGGAGUACACAAUGGCUUGCCGCCCGAGCACAUGAAAUUUGCAGAACAACUUGUGCGUACCUGUUACCAAACUUACGCGAUCCAGCCAACUUUCCUUGCUCCUGAAAUCACCUAUUUCAACAUUCAGACCCCACAAUCAGGUGAUGCCAAUCAAUUAGACAUGUUUGUGAAAACCAAUGACGCCCAUAACUUGCUACGUCCGGAAUUUUUGGAAAGUUUAUUUUACAUGUGGUACUUGACGGGCAAUAAAACUUACCAAGAUUGGGGUUGGCAAAUAUUUCAGGGUUUCGAAAAGUAUACAAAAGUACAGCAUGGAUAUACGAGCAUUGGUAAUGUAAGGAAUACUCAAAACACACGUCCCCGUGAUAUGAUGGAGAGCUUUUGGCUUAGUGAAACUUUGAAAUAUUUAUAUUUAUUAUUCGAUGAUUCUCGUAAAUUAAUAGAUUUGGAAAAAUGGAUAUUCAAUUCCGAGGGUCAUAUUCUCCCAGUCUACGAUUCAUAAUGCAUUCUAAAGCACGACUGGAGGUCUUAUUUUGGUGAAAGAAAAUCAUUUCCAGAAACAUUUCCGAUGGAAUAAACUGCCUAGUUAACAAGUAGGAAAGAAAUAUUGGAUUAGUUUUGUUUAUAAGAAAAUAAAUCAUCGAAUGUUUUUAAAUUAGAUCAAAAUAAUUAAUUAGCCAAAUUUAACUUGAAGAUUUAUCAUUGUUAAUAACAUAUUGUCAUGUAAGUAGGUGUAAUUAAAUAACACAAUUUUAUAUUGACUCGAUAAUAAUCCACUGUUAGAGAGAAUGUGUGUUUUGUGUGUUGAAAACGGUAAAUCAGGAUGAUUUGCAAUCAAGUCGUACUUAAAGUACAAUACUUAAAUCUCUUCAGUCCCAAAUUCAAGCGACUCGAGGUCCAAGCCACAAAUAAUAGUCAAUUUUUGCACAAUCAAAUCUGUGAAGAUAUUAAUAAUACUGGUAUUAAAACAACGAGUUAAGAAUUUGAUGUUUUUUUAAGUUGGACUAGGGAAAUGGUUCAAGUCAAUGAAUCUGUACAAUACAAUUAUUACGAGAAUCAGUGCUCUGGCACUGAACAAGGGUGUAUUAUAGUUGACAUUAUUAUUACGUAUCGAAUUUUCUAGUCGUGAAGUUGUCAUCGUGGAAGACUCACACCAAAGCGAAAUUGGCACUGGUGUUUACGUUACAAAUCAAUACCGUCGAAUAACGCAGUAUAAAUUAUUGAGUUAACUAAUCAUAUUGAUAUUCGUUAAUACUGUUUCUAGUGAAUAAAUAGAGAAUUAGAAAUUAAUGAUGAAUCUAAAAUUUCAGCAAUAAUUCAAUUCCAACAAUCCGUAGACUAUCCUCUCAUUAACGGCGUCCAUUAACUCGCGGAUAGAAAAUGAAAACGAAAUUUAUAUCAUUCAAAAAAACGAAAAGGUAAAGAUAUUGCGGAACCGCUUUUGAGUGUAACAAGAAUUUGUUGGAAUGAAAAAUAAAUUAAACCUCAUAAAAAAAUCACCGAAUCACCGUCUCACUUUACAUUCGGAAUCUUUUCGAAUUGCUCAAAUGUUCCCGUUCUGCAAAAGGUAUUGGUCAUUGUAACGUCAUAGGUGGUACGAAUAUGAAAGGUCAUCUAAGACAUUAUAGCGUGUGCAAAUUUGAAUCAUGGGCUUUCCAAUGAAAUUCUAAGAUCUACCAACGAACUGAUCGAUCGUAUAGCGUUAACAGUUGUAGUUAUGAUUAUCAUACAAAUUUUUCGCGUUCCUAUCUAAAGAUCGAAAGUUUUGAGAACAGACGAGUAGAUAUUGAAAUCUGUACCUUGCACAAGGCUUAAGAUACUGUAUGUAAAAUAAGUUUUUAAUUGCUGAGAGUUGGUUCAUUUGUCUUAUUCUCUUUUUCCCCCAUUAUCUACUUGUACAUAAUGAAAAAAUUAGAAAAAAAAAAUCGUAUAACUACAUACUACAGUAGCCACUUUGAGACAUGGCUUCAAGUAAAGAUGGCUAGCUUCAUAUCAGCUCGCGAAUCUGAGUUGAAGCUGCCAAUGAUGAGAACGGAAUUUAAAAAAAUAUCAAUAUUUUUUACAACCGCAAGUUUAAAAGAGUUUAACAACCGAACAAUAAUGGAAUUCUUUUAGCCAUGGCUCAAAAAAAUAAAUACCAUUUAAGAAAUAAGUAUAAUCAAUAGAUGACAUAUAUUACCGAUGACAUCUGAAAACGAAUUGCACUUCAGUUAUCUGAAUCAGUCAUCUCCAUAACAUUUAUAAUUCAGUGAUCUUUUUUACAACAAAUUGAAUUCACCGCUAUAUUUACAUACGUUAUCUACGUAAACUGUUAUACCGAGUGAUCAUUAUUAUAAAUAUUUCGAUUUGUAAUAAAACCUAUCAGUUGUGUAAAUAUGUAAAUAUUGUUUCUUUUUCAUCA